AUGCAAGCAAUGGCGCACCCUGACGGAGAAUGCGCUACAUCUAGAGCUACAGCAGCCCUCAACGUUCCUAUGGUAUUAUCCAACUACUCCACAAAGCCUCUUGAGGAUGUCAUUGCUCACAGCCCUGGAAAUCCCUACGCGAUGCAAAUGAGUCUUCUAAAGAACAAGGGUGCUAUGGUAAACCUUCUAAGAAGAGCCGACGCUGCUGAUUUUAAGGCCGUACUUGUGACCCUUGAUGUCCCCUGGCUCGGCCGUAGACCUAAUGAGUUCCGGAACAACUUCUCCCUUCCUCAUGGGAUGGAGUAUCCAAAUCUGUUCCCAGGAAUUGAUGCGACAAAUCUUGAAGAUGGAGAUGACAGUAUGGCGUACGUUUACGGGAUUAAGGAUGCGAAGAGAGCUAUCGCCUGCGAAUUUGACGGUAUCUUGAUAUCAAACCACGGGGGUCGUCAGCUUGACUCCGUUCCUGCAUCCCUCGACGUUCUACGGGAGGUGGCACCUAUUACUAGAGGGCUGAUUACCGUUACCAUCGAUGAGGGAAUUCGCAGGGGCACUGAUAUCUUCAAGGCCCUUGCUCUUGGAGCAGAUUUCUGCUUUGCUGGUAGACCAGCUAUCUGGGGUUUGGCUUAUGAUGGACAGAAAGGUGUCGAGCUAGGGUUCAACCUUCUAUAUGAUGAGUUCACGACGGCUAUGGCGUUGGCAGGAUGUCGUAAUGUCUCCGAAAUUACAAGCGAGUUCAUCUCGGUGUUGCAGCCUGAUGGUGUUCUUGCGAACCUAUAG